UUGCCAUUGAGCCCGUUGCCGCAUACCACUGGCGCCUCACCUCGCCAUGGCCGAGCAGCAGCAGCAACACCAACCCGGGGGUCACUACUCGGGCAACAACCCCAUUCCCACCGUCAAGAAGUUUAUCGAGAAUCUCGACCGCGACAAGGCCGACCGCGACAAACAACUCGAAGAGCAAACGAAGCUCAGGCAGCAAGGCACUGCUAAUGGCGAUGCCGUUCCCCACAAGCCCGAGAAGGCGGGCAAGGAAGGCACUCGCAAGACCGUCACGGACCCUACCACCGGCAACGACGUCGUCAUUGAGGAUGUGAACAAAGACACGAUCGAGAGGUCCAAGGACCCUCAGCUUUCAGUCCCAAAUGCCAACCUCGGCAAAGAUACCCCCAUCAAGACGGACGCUUCCCAAUCCAACAACGAGUACAAGUACAACCAAGAUGUCACUGCUCCUCCAGACCCAGUCGCUGAGAACAGCACCUCCGAUGUCCCCAUCCACGGUGAAAAGACCAACAUUCUCUUCCACCCUACCCCCUCGGUUAGCUACGAGCCAUACUUUGCGGCCAUGGAGAAGAGGACGGGCGGUCUCUGCAUUGGCAUAUUCGCUGCGAUUGUCGUCAUUGGCAAGAUGUUUGGUGGCUCUCUGAAGGGCUUGAUUCCGUUGGCCCUUUGUGUGGUCUCUGGCGUCUGGCUGUGGAUGAAAGAGGUCGUCCGCAGCGGACGCGAGGUUGAAUGGGAGAGCGAAAAGACUCGCGGAUUGACGGCUACUGCGAACCUCAUUCCUGAAUCUGUGGAGUGGAUGAACACCUUCCUUGGUAUCGUCUGGGGUUUGGUAAACCCAGACAUGUUCCAGGGCGUCGCCGACACCCUGGAAGAUGUCAUGCAAGCAUCUGUUCCUGGUAUUAUUGAAAAUGUUCGUGUCGCCGAAAUCAAUCAGGGCAGCAAUCCGAUCCGGAUUUUGAGCCUGCGCGCGCUGCCGGAUGACCACAUGACGGAGAUGAAAGAAGCAAUUCACGAGGAAAAUAAGAAGACAAAAGACCCUCAAGAGGCUGCUGCCGACGAAGAAGGCGGUGACUACUACAACAUAGAGGUUUCGUUCGCCUACCAUGCGAAGCCCACCGGCAAGCGCGCCUCGGACAAGGCCCGCAACAUGCACAUGCAGCUCGUCUUUUACCUGGGUAUUAAGGGGCUUUUUGGUGUCCCUCUGCCGAUAUUUGUCGAAUUGCAGGGCCUGGUAGGCACUAUCCGUUUGCGGUUGAACCUAACGCCAGAGCCGCCUUUCCUCAAGACACUCACUUUCACGUUGAUGGGCUUGCCUCAGGUUGAGGCUGGCUGUAUCCCCAUGGUGGAGAAGGGAAUAAACAUCCUGAACUUGCCCUUGAUCUCUAACUUUGUCAACUAUGCUAUCGGCGCUGCAGCUAGCAUGUAUGUUGCGCCCAAAUCAAUGUCCCUCGACAUGAGGGCGAUUCUACAAGGCGACGAUAUCACCAAGGAUGUCCAGGCAUUGGGUGUUAUGUGGAUCCGCAUCCACCGCGCGGUUGGUCUCAGCAAGCAGGACAAGCGUGGCAGCAAGCAUGGCGGCAGCGAUCCGUACAUUACUCUGUCUUUCUCUAAGUACGGCAAGCCGAUGUACUGCACGCGUGUCAUUACAGAUGACUUGAACCCCAUUUGGGAGGAGACGACUGCGCUUCUUGUCACCCCUGAAUUGAUCAAGGCCGAUGAAAACCUUAGCGUCGAGUUGUGGGACUCUGAUCGCCACAGCGCUGACGACAUCGUUGGCAAGGUCGAGCUUUCAAUGCAGAAGAUGAUCCAGCACCCCGGAAAGAUGUACCCGCAGGUUAGUAAGCUUGCUGGCAUGGACGCAGACAGCUCCAUGCCCGGUGAGCUUCACUGGGAGGUCGGAUACUUUGGCAAGCCGAAGUUCAGGCCUGAACUCAGGACCGAUGGCAAGAAUAGAGCAUUGCCUGAUGAGCUCAAGGAUCACCCUGAACUUCAGGAUGAAAAGGGCGUCACCAACACUGAGGAGGACGAUGCCGUUCAGCAUACACCCCCUGACCCUCUUUGGCCCAGCGGAAUCUGCAGCAUUGUCGUCCACCAGAUCGUUAAUCUUGAGCUUGAAAACAUCAAGGGUACCCAGGGUAGCCGCAAUGGCAAGGAAUACGAACCAGCGAAGCCCUAUGGCGAAAACACCGAAGAGGAAGGCGAUAAGUUGCCUACGAGCUACUGCACCAUUCUCUACAACGACGAACUCGUCUACCGGACUCGUGCCAAGGCUGUCAGCAGUCAACCUAUCUUCAACGCGGGAACUGAGCGGUUCAUGCGUGACUGGAGGUCUGGUAUCGUCACCGUCACCGUCCGUGAUCAGCGCAACAGGGAGCAUGACCCCAUUUUGGGUGUUGUUCCUCUGAAGCUCUCGGAUGUUUUUGAGACGAGCUCACAGGUUACUCGCUGGUAUCCUCUCGAUGGUGGCAUUGGUUUCGGCCGCAUCCGUAUUUCUUUGCUCUUCCGUAGCAUCGAGACUCGCUUGCCACCCAACCUCCUUGGUUGGGAUGUCGGUACCUUUGAGUUCAUUUCUGAGCGCAUCCUGGCUACCGGCUACAACCACCACGCUAAGCUACGCAUGCGUACAGGUGGCUCUGUCGGCAAGAUUCCACGCACGCAAGCGCGCAAACUGGAUGAGGGCGAUGGCUACUUCUGGGACCUGGCGAAGCAAGAUGGUAAGAAUGAUGUGCGUCUGCCCGUCAAGUACCGUUACCGUGCGCCUAUCGUCUUCGAGUUCCACGUCUCUGGUAAGCGCAAGCCCGAUGCUUACAGUGUCAUCUGGCUGCAUCACCUCAUCGACAACGAAGAUACACCCAUCAACAUUCCCAUCUGGACUUGUUCGAACCCUGCACGUCUCACCCAAAACUACGUUACAGAGAUGAACUGCCAUAAUGAGACAGCCCUCGAGGAUCUGAAGGAGGUGGGCCGUCUUCAAUUCCGUGGCCGUUUCAAGGCCGGCACCGACGAAAGCCACGAAUCCUUCAUCAUGGACAAUGACUCCCGCGAGACUUUUGAGACGUGGGAGGCGUGCAUGGCGGAGGGUGUACGCCAACGUCGCGUCGACAAGGAGCUGCCGGAGCGCGUGAAGACACUUCACGAGGAGUCAUUGACGGCGGGCCGUGACACGCUGAAGUCGGCCUCGGAAGAUGAAAAGAAGAAGUGGCUGUCCAAAGACGGAGCAGACUGGAGCGGCGCAUUCGGCCACGAUCCCAAGGCGUACAUGGACUCGAACGGGCGCAAGCGGCGUGAGCCCGGUGUCGAGCCGCCGCUGCACGACCCGCACCACCCAUCGAGCGACGAGGACCACGAGAGCGACAUCCAGUCGGACUCCUCUUCGAGCGACGAUUUGGGAAUCCAGGAUGCGGAGAACAUGGACGGCGACGCAGACAAGAUGGGCAGCAGCAGCGUCGCGAGCCGGUCGCGCAAGUCAACGCGCGCAUCAGCUGACACCAGUGACAGCCGGCGCAGCACGCAGACAUCGGGAACGACGACAUCGUCAAACAGUGACCCGAAUAAGCAGAACCGCCGUACGGAGAAGCGCAAGCAUCGCGGUAUGAUGCAGUGGAGGCCAGCGAGGAAUGCAGCUUUCGCAGCGGACGAGGGUAGGAUUGGCUUGAGGAAGUUGAAGAACAGACUUACAGGCCGGAUGGAAGGACGCCAGCCGGGCGUGGAGACUGAGACAGGGACUUAGAUGGUGGAUGAUUGCAAUGAGGGGAAAUUGCUUGUUGGGUUGAAUGGCUUGGGGAUACUUCACUUCUCUUUGGCUUGGUUCUUUUGACAUCAUUUCUUUUAUUCCUUCUACUUUCACCUUCUUCUUCUUCUUUUCCUCUUCCGCUUCCUUCCUUUUACACCAUUUUUCAUCCUAUCCAUUUUUGUACAAUAGAACGACAACGGCAAUGACUACGACACGCACGACUGCUAUGCUAGUAAGUUAUGG